AUGAGCGGCGGUGGUGCUGGGCCUCUGGUCCCUACCUUUCACGGCUUUGUUCACAAUAGCAUGGACGGCCUGAUCUUAUUCGAAGCUUGUCUCAGCGGGAAGCUGCACCACGUGCCACGAAGACCCCACGAUCGGGAGCGGAGUUCGUUGAUCAAGAGUGGCAGCAUCUUCAUUUACGAAGAGAAUGCUUCUGGCAUCAAGCGGUGGACUGACGGCGUUGCAUGGAGUCCCAGUCGCAUCCUUGGUAACUUCCUCAUCUAUCGGGAAUUAGAAAAGCCCUUUCCGCCAGGAGAAAAGAAACGUGCAAUGAAACGCAAACGAUCAAGUGCGCCAGGAGAGCCAUAUCCGCGUCGGAGUUCAGAGGUCACCGAGCAUGAGCUCCCAACUCCGAUCUCACCACCGAUCCAGGAGGCGGGCGCAGACAGCAAGCCAACCGAUGGUUCUGGUGCAGACGCGGACAAGGAACUGGAACGAUCGUUGAUUGGAUCACUGGUCGACAGCUAUGGGUUUCGCCCUGAUGGUCUCGUCAAGAAGACCAUGAGCGUGAGCAUCAACGGAAUCUCGCAUCACAUGGUCUCAUACUACAAAGUAGAAGACGUCAAGGCCAACCUUCUCCCGCGCCCGAACCAGGACCAGCGUCUUGCAUCGUUGACAAUUCGGCCCGAUCUUUACUGCAAACAGAACUUCAGGGCACCAAUCGACGAAUCG